UAUCUGCUCUGGAUAGGGGCAGGCCAUGGUUGGCUGACGAGAACAGACACCAACAAGUCCUUCACUUCAUCCUCUCGGAGCCACUCGAACAUGGAUGGUGUAGCCGGACAAAUCGUCUACCCUAUCCUCGGCAUCGUUGCCGCCGCGGCAGCCACCUUCUACGCCGUCAGCUUCAUGGAGAUCAGAGAGAAAUCACUGGAGGAGCUUGACGAGAAGUACUCAGAGUACGAGGAGACCGGCGGACGACAGCGCCGGGCGCGGCGGAGGUCUGGCCGCCAGUCGAAGAAGCGGAACGAUUGACCGGUCGGAGUACCAGCAGUCUCAGCAUGGCCUCUAUAUUCUCCUCCACUUCACCUUUUGAGCUGCUAGCUUAUCUAAUCUUCAUUCGAGCCAUGCCCAGAGGAAAUGUUCAUGUACUGAUAAUCUGUUUUUUCUCUGCAUUUCGGAUACAGUAGUAGUUGUGCUUCUGAAGUCUGAACCGCAUCUUAGCGCUAUGCAUGCUGAUAUUGAACUUGUGUCA